AAGGUUAGAUAACUUAAACUUAAUUAAUCUGUUUUUCAUUGUUACGGUGAUCUUAGAUUAUAUUAAUAUGUUAAAAGUUUAACAUACUUCGACAUUUUGGAGGCCUCAAAAUUUACAUGUGCUUCUCUCUAUCUCUGAAAUACAUUGAGUCCUAGUUGAUUAAUUUUGCUUAUCCUCCUAUGUCAGCAGGCUAUGAUUUAUGAUGAGUUUGAGUAUGUGACUUAUUCGGACAGUUCCAAAUAACUGACGACUAGGCUCACUAGGCAUAGGCCUAGUAUAUACCGCCUUGGCUAUAGCCUAUACUAUAGUGCUUUGUUAGUCAACAAUGUCUAAACUGUCAUAUUUCUUGUCUAUAUUUCAACUUUAAGCGUGUGGAAUGUGGUUACUACUUAGUUUAAGCUAAGUUAUCUCCUCUCGUUUCUGGACAGCUGUGUGUGAGUGUGGUUGAUUCGAGGAAACACGCCAAUGAUGGAAUCAUUCUUAUUUCUAUAUCUCUACUUGUUUUAAAAGAGUUCAAGUUUGAUUUGUUUAUACAGAAAAUGUUGAAUGUAUUUAUUUUGUCAAUUACAUCAUACUAUGGCCAUGAAUGAUGAAACUAAACAUUUUAAAUAAAGAUAGACAAGCGACAUGUUGUAAGAGUAAAGACUAAAGAAGACUGAAGUCGUAAAAUCUAACUACCGGGUACUCACUAAUCAGAAAAAUCUUGAAAGACUUUGAAAUCCUAGAUCUGUGGAGCCUGAAAAAAUAUGUCCAAUUCAAGAUCCCCAAAAUUUACUGGAAAGCAUACAAACUUCCAACCACCCACAGAUUCGGAGCAUGUUUCAACUUCUGACUCGUGCCAAAAAAUACCACUCGAGGAAUCACUGGGAGCAAAUAACAAUAAAACAUAUUUAUAUAAGGCUUUAAAAAUUGGUGGCGUUGCUGUUGGAGCUGUGGGUGCCGUAGCAUUAGCCCCUGUGAUGAUUGGCGCAGCUGGUUUUGGUGCUACAGGUAUUACAGCAGGUAGCUUGGCUGCUGUAAUGAUGUCUACAGUGUCAACAUCUGGGUAAGUCAUUCUAAACUUUUGAAUGCUGGUCGAGGGGAAAACUGAAAACCUAACCACGCAUUUUUGACCAAAAUGAUUCAGCCAGCACUUUUCUUGACAAUUGUACUGUUAUUUUAUUUUGUCAAAGGCCAUUACAACAUAAAUAAUUGUUGAAUUUGAAAAUUUAAUGUAAAAAUUAAUCCAGUUCCCAGAAGGUCCUAGGGGCUGGAUUAAAUGUGUUCAGUGGGCUGCAUGUGGUUCUUAAGCAAUAGGUUGCCAAACAUUGUUAUAAUGACUUGCAGUGUUUCUUUCAAGCAUCUCUGGUUUUGGGGUGGGGGGGGGACUAUAUAUUUCUACAAAAAUAAAAACGAAAAUAUAUUUUUUAAAUACAAAAUGACUAAAAUGUUAUUUUUAUAACAUUUUUAAAAUGAAUAGUUUUUUUGUGCUUUAACCAAUUACAAUUAGUGGAACCUAUGAAAUAUCGUAACGCUCUAUGUAUUUGAUGAUCCCUAUAUUUAAAAUCUUGUAGAAGCUCACACUGUUCGAUUAUAAAUGUCGUACUGGCAGCUCUUAAAUAUAAGCCGAAGUCUUACUUAGUGUUUUUCACACGUAUCAUUAUUUUUAUUUAUUUAUUUUUUGCAACUUCACAAGUUGACUUAAAUAACAUGGUAUUAAAUUACAUUUACAUCAAUCUCAAGGUCUAUAAUUUUAAUGCAGUUCUUGCUUAGAUUCAAACAUGUUCAAUAUGUUUUUAAAUUAUAUUUCCUCAUAAAAGCAUGAAUUUAAAAGUAAGAAUAGGUGUAUAUUAUAAAUUGUAUUAUGUACCCAGGCUUUAAAAAUCUAGUUAUCAGCAUACUUUUAAAUGUACUUGAUUCCAUGUAUGCUGAGCUAGAGAGAAGGAAAACUUUUUUUUAAAAUGUUAUUUAUUUUUUAAAUUCAGAAUUUAAUAAUGGCUGCAAGCAAAUAAUGUAUGUCUCUUCAAUCAUUAUUAAAUCGAAAGCGUUUGUGUUUUCAUUUAUUUGAGCUACUUUUGUAACGAGUUUCCUGAAUAACUGAGUUUAAACAAUUUUUCAACUUAGCCUAUAAUUUUUAAGUUCCAAUCGCUUUUGUCUUUUUAAUAUCAGAAUAACAAACAAAUUGCCUCACCUAUUUGCACAUAUUUUAUUUAAAUUAAUUUUUGUUCUAGAUAAUCAUCUAGCAGAAAGCUAAAAUAUUAAAGAUUUUUGUGAACUAUCAUUUGGAUUAUCAAUUAUCAUGCCAAUUCCUUUAUUCUGGUUCUCCUGCAUUUUGAAUUUCCAUGACUGUCUUCAGCACCUUCGAUUUCUGUAUACCCUUCCCUCAUGCUGAUAAGUGUUAUAGUUUGGGGUUGAAUUUAAGCUUGUGCCAAAUGAUUACCCUGGGGCACGCCACAACUGAAGUGAAUUGAGAUUAUGUAUGGCACUGGGCGUCAUAAAGCCUCCCCCAGACCUUUAAAAAUUUCCUUCCCCGAUCAAAACGUAUAAUAAAAAUAUUGAAUUCAAGUAUACAGUAUACUUCAAAAUGCACCUCUUUAUUUUUAAAAGAUUAAAAAAUUCUGGGGAGACCCCUCCUCCACUCAAGAUUCAUAGGCGUAUUAGAUUUCUACCUUACUUGCAGAUGAAAUUUAUUGAUAACUUUGGUACAUUAUUUUCAAUCAUCAAAUACCAUCAAAGCCCAUUUUGGCUCCCCUGCUAGUCUAAGUGAGGCCUCUAGCCACAGGCACUGCCCCAGAAAUCUGAAAACCCCCCCCCCCCAAAUGUACAUUAUACAGUACCGGUAGUACUAUUCUAUAUACAGGAGUAAUACAUAGAGAAAUAUCCGAUAAUAAUACCAGCAUAUAAAACCCUUACUUGGCAAAUAGACUUGUAAUAUGAUAUAGCCUUGACAUGUGUUGCAAUGUCUUUUAUUAACUUUUAUUUUAAUGUUCUUCUCUUCCUCCACCCGCGCGCACAGAUUUGGAAUGGGUGUGGUUACAGCCCUUCAAUCUGCUGGGACUGCUGGAUUAGGCCUUGGAGCAAAAACUGUUAUUGGCCUUGCUGGAGCUGCUGUGGGUAAAGCCUUUGCAGAGAAGGCUGCAGGGAAAGCUGCAGCAAAUGCUGUGAAACAAGAUAAUAAAGUUGUUGAGUCUGGAGACCGGAGUGGAGGGCUAGGAAAAGAAGAUGGCAAAACAAAAAACGAUGAAGGAAAGCAAAAGGAACAAAUCAACCGCCUUCCCCUGGAAAAAAAUGUGAUCAAAAUUAAAGCAAAACUAUAACAAAAAAUUUGUCAUGUGCUGUUAUUAUUUAAAAGAGUAGUAAAG